GUGUCACCGGCGUCAAAUCAUUUCGCAAAUUUUCGUGCAUACAUUUUGGUUAUUUUUAAUAAUUAAUUCAUGGCUGAUGCAAAUAACGCAGAGGCUGCUGCAGGAGGCGAGGAUAAGAAGCUGACUGAUAUUUUCCUAAGUGGCUGGAAUCUCUAUGACGAGCUAGACGUUAGCGAUCUUCCAUUCAAUGGCAGCGAAUUUCAGAACAAGGUGAAAACUGCCUUGGGCCACUUUGAGGAGGCAACAGUGAUUGUGAACCAAGUAGGCAUGUUCAGUCCCAACGAGCUUAUUGACGAAGUCUCCACCGAUUCGCUGCCGUUUAUGUUGUUGCCCUACUUUCUAGGGAAACUAACAACCAAAAUUAACAAUCCGAACAGCACAGAGAUCAUGGAUCUAGGCGAAAUUUACUUUAAGGAUCAUCUGCAACGUUGCCAGGAGUACGAGCUGUGUGAGGCACCCAAAGGAACCGUGCAGCAGGCCAACAAAUUGGAAAAAAGCGAGCAGCGGGAGCUCAUGGAGGCCGCCUUCAACCGCAAUGAUAAAAUUGCUCAAUAUCGUAAGAUGAAGGAAAUCGACGAGUACAUGGCACGAAUGCGGACUGCCGUCAAAAAUAAGACGGCGGAUGACGAAAUACGCAGGGAGUUCUUCUUGAAAUAUCUGGACAAGAGCAUCAUAGACAGCAAGCAGGAACUGGAAUCCUUGGGCAUGAUGAAGGAGCUAGCUAAAAUGCGUAUUGCUCGCUUGCCAGGUGGCGAGUCCAGCCCUAAUGAUGAUACUCCAGCUCCAUCUGGCAAGCCGUCGGGCUCACGAGGUCCUUCCAGUCAUGGCCAUUCCCAUGGUCAUAGUCAUCACCAUCAUCAAGCGCCGAAGCCAUUGCAACCAUUUAUCAUUACUCGCAAUGCCACACAGAAGGCCGUCUUUGGGUUGGGCUAUCCCAGCUUGCCCGUCAUGAGCGUGGAUGAGUUUUAUCAGCAGCGCGUUGACGAGGGCAUAUUCCCCGAUGCGGAGAAGUCGGCCAAAAUGAAUCAGGCCCAGGCAAUAGCGGCUGCACGCGAUCCCAACGAGCAGGAGGAUGAGGAAAAGGCUGUGGAGGAUCAACUAAUUGAAGAGGACGAUCCAGAGAAUCUGGCACGUAUGAGACGCAUGGAUGAGUACAAAGAUGUGGUGCGCCGGGGUGACGGAAAUCGCCACAAUCGCAGCUAAGAAACUCAUUUGUAUUUUUGUAUUUUAAUAAUAAAAAAAUAGUACUCCA